ACUGGAGACGCAGAGGUACCAUCUUCCAACCGAGACUCUAGCAUGGCGCGGGUGACGCUCACGGCCUUCGCGUUGGUGGCCGCGGUGGCGCUGGCCAGCGCGGCGCCGUCCCAGGACGCCGACAAGCCUCAGCAGCAGGCACCGCCAGGCCGCGCCACGGCCCCCGUCAAGUCCGAGUCCGCCGACGAGCUCCUGGGCGCAUCCGAGCAGUGGGGCGGCGGCUACGGCGGCUAUGGCGGCAACGGGGGCUACGGGGGCUACGGAGGUAACGGCGGCUACGGCGGCUACGGUGGCUACGGCGGAGGCCGUGAGGGCCGCGGAGGCUAUGGAGGCUACGGAGGCUACGGAGGCUACGGCGGCCGUGGCGGUCGUGAAGGUUACGGUGGAUACGGUGGCUAUGGCAAUAACGGUGGUUACGGUGGCUAUGGCGGCAACGGAGGAUUCGGUGGAUUCGGUGGCAACGGAGGAUGGGGCAAGUGAACAUUCGAUACGCGCUCGUCUGAGUAGAAUGAAUGAGGGCCAACGUAAGUAGCACGAAGAAAUUUUUGCCGCUCUCAUGAGUGCGUUGCGUAAGUGUGUGGACUCAAGUAGGGGAGUUGACAACCGAUUUUGUGACAUGGUGAUGUUAUUUUAGCUAUUUGUUAAGUGUGAAGAUAAUAAAAUGGUCGCAAAAAUUGUGAA